UCUAUAUAUAUGUAUAAAUUUGCAAUGAGCGGUUUAAAAUUGAUACUAUCAGCAUCGUUAUGUGUUAUAUGUGCUCAAAGUUACAACCAAAUAUACAAUGAACUUCAAGAUAUGCAAUUGUCAGAGCAACUCACUACCAAUGAGAUAAACUCAACGGAAGAUUCUAUGCAGUCAAUUCACACAAAACGUUCUACUUUACGAAAUUGGAUAAAUGGCCGUCAUCUGCGUAUAGCUACGUUAGAGGACUUUCCCUUAAGCUAUACUCAAAUUUUAGAGAAUGGAAAGCGAAUCGGUUCUGGCGUUUCCUUUGAAGUAAUCGAUUUUCUACAAGAAAAGUUUAAUUUCACAUAUGAAGUUGUUGUUCCAGACGCAAAUAUAAUAGGGUCAUCUAAUGAUUUUAAUUUAAGUCUAAUUAAAAUGCUUAAUAGAAGUGAGGUUGACUUAGCAGCUGCGUUUUUACCAUUACUAUCUGACCAAAGGAGUUAUAUAUAUUUCUCAACUACUACUUUAGAUGAAGGAGAAUGGAUAAUGGUUAUGAGGCGACCGAGAGAGUCAGCAACUGGCUCCGGACUAAUGGCACCUUUUGAAUUCUGGGUUUGGAUACUUAUUGUGUUAUCACUACUUUUCGUGGGACCCAUCAUAUAUUUUUUCAUUAUUUUACGUAAUAAAAUAACAAAAGAUUCAGAUCAAAAACCAUAUUCAUUAGGACACUGUGCUUGGUUUGUAUAUGGCGCUUUGAUGAAGCAAGGAAGCACUCUUUCACCAAUUGCUGGUACUCAACGAUUGGCUCCAAUCAAUGUUUGUUGCGCUUCCAAAGAAGCUACACCAGAAACGUGCAGACUUUUCAACAGUCACCUUGAUUAG